AAGCGCGCCGGGGACGGAUCGGAGGGAGGGGUCCGGCGGCUGGGCGCGGUCGCGCGUGCGGAGCCCGGGGGCUGUGGUGGGGUGUAGUGGGGCUGGUGGGGUGUAGUGGAGCAGGCGGCCCGGGGCCGCGAAGCGCGGGAGGGGGCCGGAGCCGGUUGCUGCCCGCCGGAGGAGGCCGCCGCGGCGCGCGGCCGUGUCACGUGAUUCGCCAUGCACGGGGGGCCGCCCUCCGGGGACAGCGCGUGCCCGCUGCGCACCAUCAAGCGCGUGCAGUUCGGCAUCCUCAGCCCCGAUGAGAUGAAACGAAUGUCGGUGACGGAGGGGGGGAUCAAGUACCCCGAGACGACGGAGGGGGGCCGCCCCAAGCUGGGGGGCUUGAUGGACCCCCGUCAAGGAGUGAUCGAGAAGACGGGCCGGUGCCAGACGUGUGCGGGGAACAUGACCGAGUGCCCGGGCCACUUCGGCCACAUCGAGCUGGCCAAGCCCGUCUUCCAUGUGGGCUUCUUGGGGAAGACCAUGAAGGUGCUGCGCUGCGUCUGCUUCUUCUGCUCCAAACUGUUGGUGGACUCGAACAACCCGAAAAUCAAGGACAUCCUGGGCAAGUCAAAGGGGCAGCCCAAGAAGCGCCUGACCCACGUCUACGACCUUUGCAAAGGCAAGAACAUCUGUGAAGGUGGGGAGGAGAUGGACAACAAGUUCGGGGUGGAGCAGCCGGAUGGCGACGAGGACCUGACCAAAGAGAAGGGUCACGGCGGCUGCGGGCGGUACCAGCCCCGGAUCCGGCGCACCGGGCUGGAGCUCUACGCUGAGUGGAAACAUGUCAACGAGGACUCGCAGGAGAAGAAAAUCUUGCUGAGCCCGGAGCGGGUGCAUGAGAUCUUCAAGCGCAUCUCGGACGAGGAGUGUUUCAUCCUGGGCAUGGAGCCCAAGUACGCCCGGCCUGAGUGGAUGAUCUGCACCGUCCUGCCCGUGCCCCCGCUCUCCGUCCGGCCCGCCGUGGUCAUGCAGGGCUCGGCCAGGAACCAGGACGACCUGACCCACAAGCUGGCGGACGUGGUGAAGAUCAACAACCAGCUGCGGCGCAACGAGCAGAACGGGGCGGCCGCCCACGUCAUCGCCGAGGACGUCAAGUUGCUGCAGUUCCACGUGGCCACCAUGGUGGACAACGAGCUGCCGGGCCUGCCCCGGGCUAUGCAGAAAUCAGGGCGUCCCCUCAAGUCCCUGAAGCAGCGGCUGAAGGGGAAAGAGGGGCGCGUGCGGGGGAACCUGAUGGGGAAGCGGGUGGAUUUCUCCGCCCGGACGGUCAUCACCCCGGACCCCAACCUCUCCAUUGACCAAGUGGGGGUGCCCCGCUCCAUCGCUGCCAACAUGACCUUCGCCGAGAUCGUCACGCCCUUCAACAUCGACAGGCUCCAGGAGCUGGUACGCAGGGGUAACAGCCAGUACCCGGGGGCCAAGUACAUCAUCCGAGACAACGGUGACCGCAUCGACCUGCGCUUCCACCCCAAGCCCAGCGACCUCCACCUGCAAAUCGGCUACAAGGUGGAGCGGCACAUGUGCGACGGGGACAUCGUGAUCUUCAACCGCCAGCCCACGCUGCACAAGAUGUCCAUGAUGGGGCACCGGGUGCGCAUCCUGCCCUGGUCCACGUUCCGCCUCAACCUCAGCGUGACCACCCCCUACAACGCCGACUUCGACGGGGAUGAGAUGAACCUGCACCUGCCCCAGUCGCUGGAGACGCGGGCGGAGAUCCAGGAGCUGGCCAUGGUGCCCCGCAUGAUCGUCACCCCCCAGUCCAACCGGCCUGUCAUGGGCAUCGUGCAGGACACCCUCACCGCCGUCCGCAAAUUCACCAAGCGUGAUGUCUUCCUGGAGCGGGGCGAGGUGAUGAACCUGCUCAUGUUCCUGUCCACCUGGGAUGGCAAGGUGCCCCAGCCGGCCAUCCUCAAACCCCGCCCGCUCUGGACGGGCAAACAGAUCUUCUCCCUCAUCAUCCCGGGCCACAUCAACUGCAUCCGCACCCACAGCACCCACCCCGACGACGAGGACAGCGGGCCCUACAAGCACAUCUCGCCCGGCGACACCAAGGUGAUCGUGGAGAACGGGGAGCUGAUCAUGGGUAUCCUGUGUAAGAAAUCGCUCGGCACCUCGGCGGGCUCCCUGGUCCACAUCUCCUACCUGGAGAUGGGCCACGACACGACCCGCCUCUUCUACAGCAACAUCCAGACCGUCAUCAACAACUGGCUGCUCAUCGAAGGUCACACCAUCGGCAUUGGGGACUCCAUUGCUGAUGCGAAGACCUACCAGGAUAUUCAGAACACCAUCAAGAAAGCCAAGCAGGAUGUCAUAGAGGUGAUCGAGAAGGCUCACAACAACGAGCUGGAGCCCACACCGGGCAACACGCUGCGGCAGACCUUCGAGAACCAGGUGAACCGCAUCCUGAACGAUGCCCGCGACAAGACCGGCUCCUCCGCCCAGAAGUCCCUGUCCGAGUACAACAACUUCAAAUCCAUGGUGGUGUCGGGGGCCAAGGGCUCCAAGAUCAACAUCUCCCAGGUCAUUGCCGUGGUGGGGCAGCAGAACGUGGAGGGGAAGCGCAUCCCGUUCGGGUUCAAGCACCGCACGCUGCCCCACUUCAUCAAGGACGACUACGGGCCGGAGAGCCGGGGCUUUGUGGAGAACUCCUACCUGGCCGGCCUGACGCCCACCGAAUUCUUCUUCCAUGCCAUGGGCGGGCGCGAGGGCCUCAUCGACACGGCCGUCAAGACAGCCGAGACCGGGUACAUCCAGCGGCGGCUGAUCAAAUCCAUGGAGUCGGUGAUGGUGAAAUACGACGCCACCGUACGCAACUCCAUCAACCAGGUGGUGCAGCUGCGGUACGGCGAGGACGGGCUGGCAGGGGAGAGUGUGGAGUUCCAGAACCUGGCCACCCUCAAGCCCUCCAACAAGGCCUUUGAAAAGAAGUUCAAGUUUGACUACACCAACGAGCGGGCCCUGCGGCGCACCCUGCAGGAGGAGAUGGUGAAGGACAUCCUGAGCAACGCGCACAUCCAGAACGAGCUGGAGAGGGAGUUCGAGAAGAUGCGCGAGGACCGCGAGGUGCUGAGAGUCAUUUUCCCAACGGGCGACAGCAAGGUGGUCUUGCCCUGCAACUUGCUUCGCAUGAUCUGGAAUGCCCAGAAGAUCUUCCACAUCAACGCGCGCCUGCCCUCCGACCUGCACCCCAUCAAGGUGGUGGAAGGCGUGAAGGAUCUGAGCAGGAAGCUGGUGAUUGUGAACGGGGAUGACCCGCUGAGCCGGCAGGCCCAGGAGAACGCCACCCUCCUCUUCAACAUCCACCUGCGCUCCACGCUCUGCAGCCGGCGCAUGGUGGAGGAGUUCCGGCUCAGCGGGGAGGCCUUCGAUUGGUUGCUGGGCGAGAUCGAGUCCAAGUUCAACCAGGCCAUCGCUCACCCGGGUGAGAUGGUGGGUGCCCUGGCGGCCCAGUCGCUGGGCGAACCCGCCACCCAGAUGACCCUGAACACCUUCCACUACGCCGGCGUCUCGGCCAAAAACGUCACACUGGGCGUGCCCCGUCUCAAGGAGCUGAUCAACAUCUCCAAGAAACCCAAGACGCCCUCCCUCACCGUCUUCCUGCUGGGGCAGUCCGCCCGGGAUGCUGAGCGGGCCAAGGAUAUCCUGUGCCGGCUGGAGCACACGACUCUGCGCAAGGUGACGGCCAACACAGCCAUCUACUACGACCCCAACCCGCAGAGCACAGUGGUGGCGGAAGACCAGGAGUGGGUCAACGUCUACUACGAGAUGCCCGACUUCGAUGUGAGCCGCAUCUCACCCUGGCUGCUGCGGGUUGAGCUCGACCGCAAGCACAUGACCGACCGCAAGCUCACCAUGGAGCAGAUCGCCGAGAAGAUCAACGCCGGCUUCGGGGACGACUUGAACUGUAUCUUCAAUGACGACAAUGCAGAGAAGCUGGUGCUGCGGAUCCGCAUCAUGAACAGCGACGAGAACAAGAUGCAGGAGGAGGAGGAGGUGGUGGACAAGAUGGAUGAUGAUGUUUUCCUUCGCUGCAUCGAGUCCAACAUGCUGACGGACAUGACUCUGCAGGGCAUCGAGCAAAUCAGCAAGGUGGGGGGGCCUCUGCCCACCUGGGGGGGUGACAGAGCCAGACUAAGCCUGCCCCAGGGCACGCUGGGUAACUGGGGUAUAUCUGGGCCCAUUGCCUGCCCCAGCAGAGGGGGCCCCAUGAUAAGCAGGCUCCACUGCCCCUGCCCCCCCCAGGUGCUGGGCAUCGAGGCAGUGCGCAAGGCCCUAGAGCGGGAGCUCUACCACGUCAUCUCCUUCGACGGCUCCUACGUCAACUACCGGCACCUGGCGCUGCUCUGCGACACCAUGACCUGCCGUGGGCACCUCAUGGCCAUCACCCGGCACGGGGUCAACCGCCAGGACACGGGCCCGCUCAUGAAGUGCUCCUUCGAGGAGACGGUGGAUGUGCUGAUGGAGGCGGCGGCCCACGGGGAGAGCGACCCCAUGAAGGGGGUGUCGGAGAACAUCAUGCUGGGGCAGCUGGCGCCCGCUGGCACCGGCUGCUUCGACCUGCUGCUGGACGCCGAGAAGUGCAAAUACGGCAUGGAGAUCCCCACCAACAUCCCCGGGCUGGGCGUGGGCGUCCCCACCGGCAUGUUCUUUGGCUCGGCCCCCAGCCCCAUGGGGGGGAUGUCACCCGCCAUGACCCCCUGGAACCAGGGGGCCACCCCGGCCUACGGAGCCUGGUCCCCGAGUGUCGGCAGCGGCAUGACCCCCGGUGCGGCCGGUUUCUCCCCCAGCGCUGCCUCCGAUGCCAGUGGCUUCAGCCCGGGCUAUUCCCCGGCGUGGUCCCCCACCCCCGGCUCGCCAGGCUCCCCGGGCCCCUCCAGCCCCUACGUCCCGUCACCAGGUGGGGCCAUGUCUCCCAGCUACUCCCCAACGUCGCCGGCUUACGAGCCCCGCUCGCCCGGAGGGUACACGCCCCAGAGCCCCAGCUACAGCCCGACAUCCCCCUCGUACAGCCCCACGUCCCCCUCCUACUCUCCCACCAGCCCGAACUACAGCCCGACCAGCCCCAGCUACAGCCCCACGUCACCCAGCUACAGUCCGACCAGUCCGAGCUACAGCCCCACAUCGCCGAGCUACAGCCCAACCAGCCCCAGCUACAGUCCAACAUCACCUAGCUAUAGUCCGACCAGCCCCAGCUACAGCCCGACGUCGCCUAGCUAUAGUCCGACUAGCCCCAGCUACAGUCCAACAUCACCUAGCUACAGUCCGACCAGUCCUAGCUACAGCCCCACGUCGCCGAGUUACAGCCCCACUAGCCCAAGCUACAGCCCGACGUCCCCCAGCUACAGUCCCACCUCGCCCAGCUACAGCCCAACCAGCCCCAAUUACAGCCCGACGUCCCCCAACUACACCCCCACCAGCCCCAGCUACAGCCCAACGUCACCCAGCUACAGCCCCACCAGCCCCAACUACACCCCGACCUCGCCAAACUACAGCCCCACCUCUCCCAGCUACAGCCCGACGAGUCCCAGCUACAGCCCGACGUCGCCCAGCUACUCACCCUCCAGCCCCCGCUACACCCCGCAAUCACCAACCUACACCCCCAGCAGCCCCAGCUACAGCCCCAGCAGCCCCAGCUACAGCCCGACCAGCCCGAAGUACACCCCAACCAGCCCCUCCUACAGCCCCAGCUCCCCCGAGUACACCCCAACUUCCCCCAAGUACAGUCCUACCUCCCCCAAGUACAGUCCUACCUCCCCCAAGUACAGCCCUACCUCGCCGACCUACAGCCCCACGACCCCCAAGUACAGCCCCACCUCGCCGACUUACUCCCCGACCUCCCCCGUCUACACCCCGACCUCCCCCAAGUACUCCCCGACCAGCCCCACCUACAGCCCCACCCCCAAGUACAGCCCCACCUCGCCCACCUACAGCCCCACCUCGCCCAAGGGCUCAACCUACUCCCCAACCUCGCCCGGCUACAGCCCCACCUCACCGACCUACAGCCUCACCAGCCCAGCCAUCAGCCCCGACGACAGCGACGAAGACAACUGAGGGGGCGCCGUGCCUGGGUCCUUGCAGCUUGGGGCGUGAGCCGUUUAAAUGGGGGGGGGGGGGCAGGGAGGAGACCUGUUGCAAUCAGGAGUGUCUGAUCCUUUUGGGGUGGGGGGUCACCCCAGGAAAUCACAGGGGCCAGGAGU